UCUUUCUUUAAAGGCCAGAGCGCACUCAACCAUAUCGUUCUCUCCAUCCUCUCAUCACACCAAAAACUGUCACAACUAUUACCAAAAGCUGAAAAUCAAAAACGAAAAAUCCUCAAACUUUGAACCCCGUUCCCACCACCACCAACACACGACUCUUCUCCUUUUAUGUCUUCUUUCUCUUUCAUUUUCAACUCUUCUUAAAUUUCACACAGUGACACCACAACAAACAUAACUGAUAACCCAAACAACUUCAUUGGGAACUGCGAUGUAGUGGAAUUCCAUUUCGGUUCACCAAAAACAACACGACAUAACAACUUUUAAACCUUCCUUAUUUUCCGCUCUUCGUGCUUCUCAAAAGACAAAAAAUGUGCCCAUAACGACGCUUCUUUGAUUCGUUUCUUCAACUAACAAUCUGUUGAAACUUUCCCAUAUAUAUAAAAGAGUGAGUUUGCUGGUUUUGCUUUCGGCUUUAAGAGAAAGAGAUCAUCAUGGCUGGUAACAAUAAUAACGGGUCGGAAGGUUUGGGCGACGAUUUCUUCGAACAGAUCUUGGCGGUUCCAAGUGAGUAUGGCGGCGGUGGCGGUAGAACAUUAGUGGGGUCCAUGCCAAUGGUGCUUCAGUUGGGGUCCACAGUAUCAAGCACUACUGUUCCGGAUGGCUUAAGAAUGGGGAUGCCUUUGGGUUUGAAUUUGGAGCAAACUGGUUUCCUUAGACGCUUUCCUGAACAAGUUUCUGAUGUUGAGGCUGCCAUUAACAACAACCACCACCACCAACAACAAUACCUUCGUCUUAGUAACAAUACCAACAACAACAAUAUUAAUAAUAAUAAUAAUAGCUCUCCAUCUUCCUCUUCUACUGCUGGAAUCACUACUGAUCGGGAUUCGAUGCACAUGAGAGGUUUGUUUCCAGCGUUUGGACAGUUGCAUAAUACUACCCCCCUUCCUCCUCCUACUCAGCCACCUCUUCGCCCCACUCUUCCAUCUCCUCUCCACCACCACCAGGCAUUUCAGAGGCAGCAAGCACCAAAUCCAGUGUCUGUGACUGCUCUGCCACAACAACCACCGGGGAUACGCCCUCGAGUGCGAGCAAGAAGAGGCCAAGCUACCGAUCCUCACAGUAUUGCUGAGAGGUUACGUCGUGAGAGGAUUGCCGAAAGAAUGAAGGCAUUGCAGGAAUUAGUUCCCAGCAUCAAUAAGACGGACAGAGCAGCCAUGCUUGAUGAAAUUGUGGAUUAUGUCAAGUUUCUAAGGCUCCAAGUUAAGGUAUUGAGCAUGAGUAGACUAGGUGGGGCUGGCGCUGUUGCCCAGCUUGUGGCUGAUGUUCCUCUAUCUGCUGUCGAGCAGGGUGAGGAAAUAGAAGGCGGAGGGAACAACGAGCAAGCAUGGGAGAAAUGGUCAAAUGAUGGAAUAGAGCAACAAGUUGCAAAGUUAAUGGAAGAAGAUGUUGGAGCUGCCAUGCAAUUCCUUCAGUCCAAGGCACUUUGCAUUAUGCCUAUUUCUCUUGCCUCUGCCAUCUUCCGUAUGCCUCCUUCAGACCCAUCAUCACUCAUCAAGCCUGAAUCUAACUCCCAUUCAUAGAUACCCCAAACAUAACCAUCAUCGUAUUUUACUUUGGGCUAAUAUACCAUCCAUUAUUCAUCAUUCAGUAUAGCUUUAUUAGAUCAAUCUAAAAUACAUGUUGUGUACACAAUUAACACUUAUCUAUAUAUCGUUGUAUUUGGUAGUUGAGUAUGAUACAAAUAGAGACAAAUAAUUACAAAAUUAUGCUUCAAAUUAGGGAAUUAUAAGAUCAAUAUAUGUUUGUGUAUUUUCUGCCUUUUAAAAAAAAAAAAUUAAGACAGAAAUUACACACAAUUUUAUUUCUUUAAUUUGUCUCUAUGUUUUUGUGUACGCCUCAACUAUCAAACUAUGUGACAAAGGCACCACACGAUGAAUCUGUUCAGCACAAUUCUCCACCUUAAGAUAAUUUGGUCCCAAUCUUUUUGUGUUUUCUUUUAUUAUUUUUUUUCAACAACCUUUAUGAACCACGACAAAGGAGGGGGUGGGAGGUGUUCUACUUUCUUGCAUACUUUACAAAA